AUGUGCAUGCGAGUUGUUGAGCGUUACGCCGUCUGCAAGUGCGUCUACUUCACCCACGGUGUCGACCAAUGUGGAGCCUAUGGACGCCGCGGACACAUGGUACAAGACAGGGUGGUCCUCGUGGGACACACCUGUCCCGCUCACUCCAACAUGGGAUUUGCUUCAUACGGCGCGGUUCAAGACCCGAGGUCGGGUUUCCCUACAGCUCCGGCGAUGCCCACAUCUUCCGCCGGUGAACGGGCCAAUUCCCAGCAACAGCAGCAGCAGCAGCAGCAGCAGAGCAGAGAGGCUCCUGCGGAGCCAGCGAUUGAAGCACUGCAGCAGCGGCAAGAGGCGGCGCGCGUGGGGAGGAAGCAGGAAGAUGAGGGGAGGACUAGGAGGGGGCUUCUGUUGACGGAAGGGAAUAUCUCAUUUUACUGGAGAAACUACACAUAA